GGUGCGCGUCCCUGCGCCUGUGGGAGGGGAUGGCUGCCGGCCCGAUCCGGAAGCGUGGCUAGUUGGAAGAGGUCAUUUGAGCGCCUCGGGUGGAGAACUCACCGUUUUGAAUCAGUAACAGGCUGCUACCAUGAGGAUGAAUCAGAACACCUUGCUGCUCGGGAAGAAGGUGGUCCUGGUGCCCUACACUUCUGCGCACGUGCCCAGAUACCAUGAGUGGAUGAAAUCCGAGGAACUGCAGCGUUUGACAGCCUCGGAGCCCUUGACCUUGGAGCAGGAAUAUGCGAUGCAGCACAGCUGGCGCGAGGAUGCGGACAAGUGCACCUUUAUUGUGCUGGAUGCAGAGAAAUGGCGGGCCCAGCUGGGCACCACCGAGGAGAGCUGCAUGGUGGGAGAUGUGAACCUCUUCCUCACAGACCCGGAGGACCCUGCAUUGGGGGAGAUUGAGGUCAUGAUCGCAGAGCCCAGCUGCAGAGGCAGGGGGUUUGGCACCGAGGCCGUUCUCAUGAUGAUGUCUUAUGGAGUGACCAAGCUAGGUCUGACCAAGUUCGAAGCUAAAAUUGGGCAAGGAAAUGAACCGAGCAUCCGUAUGUUCCAGAAACUUCACUUUGAGCAGGUGGCCGUGAGCAGCAUCUUCCAGGAGGUGACGCUCAGACUGACGAUGAGCAAGCCAGAGUGGCAGUGGCUUCUGGCACAGACCAGCCAUGUGGAAGAGAAGCUGUACAGAGACGGGUCGGUGGAGCCCCACUGACAGCCUGGGCCUCAGGGGUGGCACCUUGUGUGAAUGGGGCUGUCGGGACCACAUGCUCCAAAGGUCAGAAGGGAAACGUAUGAGGUCUUCAGGGCCAGGGUGUGCCUGGUCCUGCUCCAGGCUGGAAAUAACCCUUCAGGCUCUGGGCAGGAUUAGCUGUGGCUCCCUCUGGCAGGUGGUGUGGCUGAGCCUGACACCAGGGCCAGCCCUUCCUGGCCCUGCCCGACUCCAGACUCUAGGAACCUGGAGUGGACGACAUGCAUCCAUGGGAGAAGUAGGGUGGAGGUGGUACUGAAGGCAAAGGGGACCUGGAGAGCAAACAGCAUCCUCCUUUCUUCUGAAAGGCCAGAGAAGCUGCCUGGGGCCGAGGCCCUGGCCCUGGUCAGGAGUAAAUCCCAUCACAGCCCA